AUGCUUCAGUGCCCUAAGGGGCAGGUCAUUUGCGCCGCGACUGAGGACUUCUGGAAAAGCUAUGGGAUAUUAGCCGUUCUUCGUUGCCCUCGACCAAUAAUACUUAUCCGCGUCUUCCGAGCCGUCCUGCGAUUACAACUGCCAAAGGCCCGCGUAAAGGCUAUUUUUCAACGUUCCACUCAUCAAACGUACAAUGUCACAGUGUUUCUGCUGUUCUUCAUGUCACUUUAUGGCUUUUUGGGUGUACAAUUUUUCGGGGAUGAACUGAGCUACCACUGCGUACUAGAAACAGCAAAUGAAAGCCACAUUACCAAACAGGAUUUAGCAAUCCCUGAUUCAUACUGCAAUCCCACCUCACCCGAAGGCCAGUGCCCACCAAAUAUGAAAUGCGUACGGAUAAACACUUCAAUCCAAGACGAUGGAGGCUACGCUGGAUUUGAGAGUUUCCAUAUCAGCAUAUUUACAGUUUAUCAAGCCGCAUCGCAGGAGGGUUGGGUGUUCAUCAUGUACCGCGCAAUGGAUUGUUUGGCUUCCUGGAAGGGGGUGAUAUAUUUCAUGUCAAUGAUCUUCUUCGUUGCAUGGCUCGUAAAGAAUGUAUUUAUUGCAGUAUUAAUCGAAACUUUCGCUGAAAUAAGGGUUCAGUUUCAACAGAUGUGGAGCCCCCGUCACACGACCGACGCGGAUUCCUCUAAGGUGUUUCAGUCCGAUGGUGACACCUGGAAACUUGUACCCGUGCACGAGAGCAAACUUAGAGGCUUGGCUCCGAAAUUCUUCCAGGAGUGCAAGUUGUCCGAACAUUCCAUUGUCAUCUGGACAACCGAUCAGUUUGUAAUAGACGCCUUCACAAUCGGUGUCAAAUUUAAGCGCGAUUAA